CUACGGAAUCAUCAUAAGCUGAUAACUUAGCUCGCGUCUUAUCCUUAUCGAUACGUGUUUGCCGAUAACCUUGUACACAACGGUCAUCAUAAAUUAUGAAUUCAUAUCACCUGAUUAAUAAUGAUUUCCCUCGACAUCCUAGUGGAUUAAUAUUCCACUGUGUUGGAUAAUCAUUGACAUUGUCGCUUCCGGUUGGCUUUGUAUGGAUUGCCAGUUUUGUGGAAUUUUUCGUUAAUUGUUGCUUUCCAUAAAUAAUUACUGCAGCGAUGGGAUCCAGUGCGAAAUGGACGGACCGUUUCCAUCAUGCCGCAAAAGACGGGAAUCUGGAUAUCCUGCAGACGGCCAAUAAUAAGGACCUCAAUCAGCAGGAUGAGGACGGCAUGACGCCGACCAACUAUGCGGCGCUGUAUGGGAAUUUAGCCGCGCUCAGGGUCAUCACAGGACGAGGAGGUAAACCCAACAAAUGCGACUACCUUGGCAACACCCCGCUACACUCCGCCGCGGCCCGCGGUCACCUGGACUGCGUGUCGUUCCUAAUUAAUUUCGGCUGCAACGUCUUCGCCAUGGACAACGACCGGCACACGGCCAUGGACGUGGCUAGUCUGCACGGCCGUCUGGACAUUGUCCGGCUGCUCGAUGACGCGUGCGCCCGCCAGCUGCGCUCCCAUCCCGACACCGCCCGCAAAGAGCAGGAGAACGCCGUUCUGGAGGCCGAUAAACGCAAGAAGGAAUUCGACAAACGCCAGCGUCUCCUCCAGAAGAAGAUGGAGAAACAGCAGACGGCGGAAAUACCCAGCGCAGCUCCGAAGAAUAAAGGCUUAUAUAAGACCAUCAAGAAUUUAAUCCCGCUAUCCAGUUCCAAAGAGAACAAUCGGCGGGUGACGACAACGGAUAGCGGGAAGAAAGCGCUGGUUAAUGACCGCCAGCAGACGGUGUAUGUGGAACGUGGGGAUACGGUCAGUGUGCUGACGGUGGGGACGGAGGAUUCGGGAUUCUACGGGGAGACGGAUCGCCCGCCGGCCACCGGGCAGUUCCCGUUGAACGGUUUUGGUGGGAUGAACCGGGCGAUUUUCCAGAAGCCCCGCCCCAUCAACACCGAGUCGCUGUACAAUCUGACGUCGCGCGUUCGCCGCGAUACCGAGGCUAUUCAGGAGGAUGAGGAGGACGGACCACGACCGGGAAGUGUCUCGGUGGGUAGUGUCGGCAGUGCCGGAAGUUUCGCCCACCGCAACAAACCCCAGGAUUCGGACGGCGGGAUGGAGUUCAGCGGCGAUGAGGACGACGAGGAGGACAGUGAUGAAGUGAAUGAACUGCAGCUGUUCCUGGCCGGUAACAAUCUGAACAACUACUACCCCCUCCUGCAAAAGGAGAAGGUGGACAGUGUGGCCAAUCUAGAGAUGGUCAGUGAGAGUGAACUGGAGAAGAUCGGCUUCCCGCUGGGACCCCGUAAGCGCCUCAUCCAGGCCAUCCUUAAACGCAAACUGGACUUGGAAGCCCCGCCAGAUAUCACGGAAGCCCGGUUGUAAAUGUAGUUCGACACCAAAUGACUAAUUUUUUGCUUGUGGGUUUUUGAUUUGUAUGCAGCUUCUGAACGGAAAACAUAAUCAUUGCGGUGUUUUGGAAUUCGCAUUUGAUGCAAUAUUAUACUGUACCGAUUUUAUUUGGUUCUAUUAAGUUAUUCGCAAUUAUUGUGGGAUGCCUGAUGAAUUGAAUGAAACAUGUGCUAUUUCAGGCGAAGCUGACAAAGCUGAAACUGAAGAUAAAAUGGAUAAAUAAAACUUUUAUUUGAUUC